GCAUGGAAUAAUCUCAGCAUAUCAUGAAGGCAUUCGUGCUUGCUUGCACUGUUAACUGGAAUAAUAUUCGUCAUCGGAUGAUUGAUAGAUAGGAUAUAUCAUAUCAUAUAUAUAUUGCAGUGCAGUGCAGCAAGAUAUCAGGUAAAGGAAAGGAGAAGUAGAUCGAUCGAGGGUUUAGCUGCAAUUAAACGAAGAACCGAACGUACGUAGACAUGGCGAUGGUGUUCUUCGACGUGGAGACGACGGCGGCGGAUCAUCAUCAGCGGCUGCUGGAGUUCGGCGCCAUCGUGGUGUGCCCCCGCAAGCUGGUGGAGGUGGACAGCUACCACACGCUCAUCCGGCCGGCCGACCUCUCCGCCGUCUCCAAGCGCUUCACCGACGUCGACGUCGCCUCCGCGCCUACCUUCGAGGAGGUGGCCGACAGCAUCUUCGCCAUCCUCCACGGCCGCGUCUGGGCGGGCCACAACAUCCAGCGCUUCGACUGCCACCGCAUCCGGGAGGCCUUCGCCGCCAUCGGCCGCCCGCCGCCGGAGCCCCUCGCGGUGGUCGACUCGCUCAACGUGCUGGCGCAGGACUUUGGGCGGCGCGCCGGCGACCUCAAGAUGGCGACGCUGGCCUCCUACUUCGGCAUUGGCAAGCAGAGGCACAGGAGCCUGGACGACGCCCGCAUGAACCUGGAGGUGCUCAAGCACUGCGCCACCGUGCUGCUGCUCGAGUCCAGCCUUCCUCCGGGCACGCUGCUGGGACUAGGAGGCGCCAUCACGAGGGGGAGGAGGAGGAGCAACGUGCAGGCACCGGCCACCCUGAAGCUGAACCAAGAAACCAUCAGUAGUAACAAGGCAAGUUCUGCAGCUGCUGGUGUGAGGAAGCCGUCGUCGUGCAAGAGGGACAGCGUGGGAAGGAUGGUGGCGCAGAGGCCCAAGGAAGCCACCACGACGACGGCGAAGCCUCAAUGCUUCCACAUGAUCCUCAGGCACUCCAGGACCAUACUCAGAUAGAAUUCCAUAUAUUGCAGCUCAUUAUUGCUCGAUGAUCUAUCUAUCUACUAGGGUGGGGGAAAGAUCGAUCCAUUUGAGUCGUUAUUAUUCAAUCCACUCAACUCGAUUCUUUUCCCGGCCGGGCAUCUCAUCUCACAAGUUUAAUCAUUUCUUCUUCGCUAAUUGCUCAUCUUCUCUGUAGACUGUACUGUACAUAUAUACUUGUAUGAUUAUGAUUUGUAAUUCUAAAGUGUCUGUCGAUUCAUUGAUUCUUUCGUGAUGCAAGUAACCUAACAAACAGCAAGGCAAA